UCGGGAAUCUUCGGCAACCAUGGCUACAUCGGAAAACAAUAUGGCGGCUGUAGGCUAAAAUUGUUUAUCAUCUAGAUUUUCCGCCUUAAAACACUACAAUCGUGGCAAACAGGAAGCUUAAAAUGAUCCAAACAUCUUUGUAAAGACUUUGGGUGAAAGUAACACUAAGAAAUCGCCAUGCCAGAUCCCAAUUUGGAGAGAACUUUGCCCGGUUUUGAGGGAGCAGUUGCCCAUCCUGUCCCAAACUCUGCAGGCGAUCAUGAUGAUGAUGGGGAAAAGUCAGGUUUUUACGAAGAGAAGCUGCUGAAAUUCGCCCUAGAAAAAAUCCAGAGUGAAGGUAGGGGGAGUGAUCCAGGUGGCCAGGUACAGGAGGAUGAAGAUGAAUAUGCAGAAGAGCUUGCAGACUCUGUUGCUCCGCUAGACACCAUCCCUCAGGAUUGGCCGCACGGUUUUGUGAAACCCUUCAGAAGGAGAAGCUGUGCCCUGACCAAUGCUGUUUCUCCUUGUAUCAACAAGGCCACCUCACAUCUGCACCAACUACAGGACAAGAUUGAGCGUUGGUUCCAGGAGAAGACUAUAGAGAUCAUGAGUGAGUAUGGAGACUCUGUGGCAGGAAGGAUCACAGUGGAACCCCCACCCAUCAUGGCUGGCAUCCUGUCUUCCGGGACCGAGGCCUCUCCACCUGCUAAAAGUGGUACGACCCAGACUAAGAAGCAGCUGCGGUUUGCUCCCCCUUCCACAUCCUCCAGUUCAUCAUCCAUCGGAGCGCUGGAGAGGAGGCUGCUGGGAGCAUCCAGCUCCAACGAGACCUCCACGGUGGGGACGUUAGAGGUCAGGGGUUACGGGGCAUCCAUGUUGGACGAAGAAGAGGAGGAGCCAGAGGAGCCAGUGGCUGUCCCAGAACUGCCAUAUUUGGGCGCGGAGGAGGUGAUUGACGAGGUGAUGGCCCUGCUGGGCAGGCUGGAGGCAGACAGGCUGGACACGGAGAACAAACUGGUGGAGGAGAAGCAGAAGGGGAAGAGACUGCAGGCCAAGAUAGACAUGCUGUCUCACAGGAGGAUGGUGGAACUCCCGCUGUCUGUACAGAGAGAGCAUGAGGCAUGUGCCAUGGACAUCAGUGAGCUCCACUGGCAUGUCAACUACAAGACCAGACAGAACCAGAGAGUACUGACCAAGGCGCAGGUGGCCGAGCGACUCAACACUAACGUGAAAGAAGACAUCGGCUUCACUCAGAAACACUGCCCCUUGGUGGAAGAGAAGCUGGACUUGGAGAUGGACUCAAUGGCGAGGAUACGACAGGCGCAGCACGAGACGGACGGAGAGCUGGAGCAGACGCUGGGGAGGCUCCGCAAGACGGAGGAGAAGUUUCAGGAGUCGCUGGACAAGGCCAACAUGGAGAGACAGGCCAUCGAGAAGGGGCUGAACCAAGUCCGACAACAACUCAAGCAGCUGCUUGCUGAGUUGAACAGGGCCCAGGCCAUGAACACAGCGUAAACACAGAAGGUCGUUGACACCAGGAAGAAAAUAGAGGACAGUCAGAACACCUUUCAGGUCCUGACAGAAGAACUGGAGAACUCCCACGCUCAAGGAGGCCUGCAGGGGAUAAAGGUGAAGGAUUAUCAGAAGAAGAUCCAGGGACAAGAGUAUGAACACAGCAGACUAUACGAGAUCUGCCACAAGUGCAGGACAGAGAGGAACAAAAUGCAAGAAGAGUUUGAAGAAGAGAACACAAACCUGGACAUCGCUGUAGAGCAGAAGCUACAGUACUGCAGGGAGGUCCAGGUCAGGAACAGGGAUGCCAAGGUGGACAUUGAGGAGAUGAUGGACAAACUAAAUGAAUGUGAGCGUCAGAAGGUCCUGGAUGAGAAGUCGACUGGAAGGAUCCACAAGGAGAUGGAGAAGAUGAAGGAGCAGAUGUCUGUGAUCCAGGAGGAGUUUGAGAGUGUGCAGGCCAUCAACAACGCCAUCAAGGACACUGUCGCUAAGGAGCAGGAGAAGGCCAGGGGGAUAGAGGAUCAGCUCAAGACAACAGCAGACGCCCUUAAGAAGCAGGUGAAAGAAGAGAUGCACACGAGCACCAUCCUGAAGGCGCGCAUCACGUCCGACACCUCGGAUCAUGACAGGCUUCAGCUGGAGGCCAAGAAGAAGCAAGACAAGGUGACAAAGAAGGUGGACGAGAUCGAGAAUGCAGUGGCCAUCGUCGAGGAAGAUAUCAUCAAGAGGAGGAAAACUCAUAGUGAUACAAGGAAGGUACGAGUAGAUCUGGAGACCCAGCUGGCUGAGAUCACCCAGCGCCAUCAAAAACUGGAUCAGGAACUGUCAAAGAGGAAGGGAGAACUGCAGCCAGUGGAGAGGAAAUUAAAAGAUGAGCAUGCAGUGGUGAGCCAGAAACUGGAGACGAUGAAGAAGAAGCUGGAAAUGAUGAAGACGAAGAGAAACGAGAUGGAGCGAUCGCUGGUCGUCAUGAACAAACUCACCGUCACUACAGAGGACGCCAUUACAGAGCUACAGCAGGAGCUGGAAGAGUUGAACAUCCAGGUCCAGGACCUGCAGAGGACGGAGGACAUGCUGAGGUCAUCCCUGAAUGAUGUCACCUCCAGGAGGAGUGGGCUGGACAGUCAGCACAGGAAACACAUGGACGAGAGGUCGAGUGUGCUCAGCCAGAACCAGGAAGACCUUGAGGGAGCUCUACAGUACAACAAGAAGGUAGCUGAGGAGUACCGUCGCCUGAUGAAUGAGAAACUGGACAUCAAGGACACCCUGCUGCAGGAGAUGGACGCCAGGGUCAAGAUGGAGUCUUCUCUCAAGGAUCUUAAAGAGCUGUCCGGGUUGCAGAGCCGCCUGCACCUGGCCCUGGUGCAGUACUUCGACCUGCGGGGUGCGUACAACCAGGCGGGGCUGGCGCGCAUGGAGGCGGUCGGGCAGGAGACGGGCAAGAGGAUCCUGGUCCUGCAGGACGGCAUGAACGAUGCAGUCCGAGAAAUCACCGGAUUUCUCAAGGGUCAGCUUGAUGGGUCAGCGGCCAGAGAAGUUUCGGAGGCUGCUGCGAAGGCCUUACGGGAGGAGUCGCACACGCCCCUGCCGGGCGUGGUCAGGGAGGACACAAGAACCUCCGCCAUCAAGGCUUAACAGCUUUACAAUUUUUUCGUAUUUACUUGCGAGUCUACUACUUUAUGUUGUGAGAUUUCUGUCAAACUUUCCUGUCAAGUAUAAAACUUGUAUGUAUCUAUAUCUAGAUAAACUUUGCGAUAUUCAUUGCAGAGCACACAUACAAGUGUGUUGCUUGAAGUGUGUAACAGAGAUUCCUUUUAAAGACAGCAGUAUUAUAUUUUGCAGUGAAAUCAGCUCAGAUUUUAGUCAAUAAACUAUAACUAAUGUAAAUAUGUACAGAUUGUCAUGAAAAUUGAAUAAAGAUUGAUCGUUAUGCUGCAAAUUA